CCAUGACAUUUUUCGAAGUCCGUUGCAUAUCGGUCCCCAAUCCUCCUCUCUGUACCAUAAAUAUCUCCAUUAACGUAUUUUCUGACGUUAGGUAUUCCAUGGACCCAAACAGAGAAGCAGUCAACCGGGCACUGUCGCUCAUUGCGGAGCUCGACCUCCCACAUCCGUCGGGCGCACUGCUCGCAUCUUUUGUCAACGAAGCCCUUCACCCAGUCGUAGCCGCCCGCUAUGUGAACGAUAAGGUGUCAGCGGGCGACGUCCAAUCUCUGGUAUCUGACUGGAUCUACAUUGUUGAAUCUGUUACAAACGGUCGCAUACCGCCUCCGCCAGACGCCACAGAGCAGCUGGAAAUCCGGGCACGAGACGGUAACAGGUGUUGUAUCACCGGCAAGACUGGCACUGCCCGGGAUCCCCUAAUUGUUGUCCCUGUUCUCCCUGUCCCGUCUGGAUGGGUUGCAGACAAUCCGCGGAUAUUCGAAAUGCUUGGGGUGUUCUUUAGUCCUCCUUACCGCGACUGGUGGCUCUCGUAUGUCAGAGCUCCUGAACGAAUGCUGCAUUAUUACAGCCAUUGGUUAGUUCAGAAGUCCGCUGCUCAGGCUUUUGCCCAGGGGUUGGUCAAGUUGGAAAGACAGCAACCAUCAAUGAUUGAGUACAAAGUUGAAUUCGUUCACAUCGGGCCAGAGAGACCUAUUGAAAUUAAAGGUCCCUACCCGCUUUUGGGUGAUCACUCGCGCGCUGGCAUUCUCACCGUAGACGCACGGUUUAUCGGCACCCAGGCCCGACUGGCAAGAAGCAUCCGGUAUGUCAAGAUCGCCAAAAGCAUUGCGCCGCAGAUCUUGCCUCGUAAACCUGGAGAGCUUGUCCUCCCUGCCAUGAACACCCGCAAGCCCUCCUCCGGACGCUCUCUUCACUGGGCCUGGUUAUCGCCUUUGUUCGGACACGUCAAGUCUCUGAUCAACUUCAUCGGCCGUGGCUUCGUCUCAAGCUUGAGAAUUCUGCCUAGGAGCGCCCGAUCGGUCACCUACGAUGCGCUGCGAAAGAUCGGGGAGAUGAUUUACGGGCGGGACGACCCGUCGCUCUUUGUUCAGAGACUACCCUUUGAGCUCUUCUUGAAGUACAGGGGAACCGCUAACCUGGCCCGCAACGAGUUCAACGCCUUGCGGAUGGUCCAGCAGAGGACUUGCAUACCGGCCCCAAAGCCUCUCGACGUGAUUCCCAACGGCGACGACUCGUAUCUGCUCACGACGCGGCUGCCAGGGGUACCCCUUUGGCUCUGUCAGGAGGUCAUGUCCGAUGCCGACUGUGAUGCGAUCGUUACUCAGCUCAAAGACUACUUGAGCCAACUUCGAGACAUACCGCAGACGGUCAAUCCCGAGGCGCCAAUCUGCAACACUCUCGGCGAAGCAUGCAGAGACCACCGCAUCCGCGGUGGCGACCCCAUCGGACCGUUUGCCGACGAAGCGGCCUUCAGUCAAUGUCUACGGUUCUCGGACGAACCGAGCCGCCGCGGGCACAAGAUUGUGUUUACGCAUGCCGACCUCAACCCUCGGAAUAUCCUGGUGGACCAGGUCGCCCUGCCUGACGGGACCACCGGCUGGAGGGUGACGGGCAUCGUGGAUUGGGAGACUGCCGGUUUCUACCCAGAGUAUUGGGACUACACAAAAGCAUUGUUCGAGGGCUUCCGGUGGAAGCCACGGUAUAUUAAAAUGGUGCAUAGGGUGUUUGAGGAAUUCGGUGACUAUUCUCGUGAGUUGGAUGUUGAGAAGAGGAGCUGGGAGGCCGGUGAUGGCAUUUGAUGGCGACAACCACUCCAGUUCUGACCAAACACUUGGGUGAUAUAUUAGGGGUUGCCUUAGAUUUCAAAGGUAAUCUGACCACGCGUUUCAGAGCGCUCGUACCAGAAAAUUGCAUGAGCCAUGGCGACGGCACCUCAUUCCGAGAAAGAAAGAGAGAAAAACAAAGAAACAAUUCACAGGAAGGAGAACUGAAAAGAAGAAAAGUCAAGGCGCGAUAUCCAGGCACCGUCUGAAACUCAGUCUACUAGUUGUGUAACGAGUGCGCAG